GCAUCCGGGAAUAAAAAGCAUUGCGUGGGGGAAAGACUAGGAUGAGGGGGAGAGGGGGAGGCCCGAUGUCGAGCGCAUGCCACUGCCGGUCACUGUCCGUCGUCAUGAAUGUACGCGCGUCCUCCCCCCGUCACCGACACUCCCGUCACCGACACUCCCGCCGCAGGUUACCUUUACAGCCCGCCGGAUGUUGAGCGCCGCCCCGUCGCCGCGUCUGUCGACGUGAGCACCACCGCCGCCGCCGCCGCGGAUCGCCGUCGCGCACACCGCCGCCAAUCACUCCCGAUACUGUGAUCUCGC